CUUUCACUGAGCGUCUUUACUGACGUCAAUUCUGUGCGACAGGCCUCGGCGUACAAUACAGUACAGUUCUGCAGACAGAAGCUGGGAAUGGGUGAGUCGCUGCUGAGGGCCAUGGUAUUGAAGUAUUUGAACAGUCAUUUACGGACUUGAAAGACUGAUUUAAAGGCAAGCCGCACAUUUCUCCUGCAGAGUCACGGUGUUUUACAACAGUACGUCUUUGACCGACUGGCACUUUUAGGAUUUAAAGCUAGUAGGCUAAUGUUAGCGAGCGGAGCCAGGCCCAAAGGAGAGUCGCAUCUCGGAGUUGACUACAUUGUUUUUGUCGGAGACGCCAGUUAGACUGCUAAUGAGGCAGGUGUAAUUGGGGACUCUUCUGUUAUUUGCCCUGAUUUAUUCCAGCAACAAAACCAGCUCGACAGUUUUAGUAGCAUAUUAAACAUUAGCAUAGGCUGCAAACGCUAGCUAACUGCCUUAAAGCUAGCUAAGCACAUUAAAUAAUGACUUCCAGGAGGACAGGCUAUGCUGGUAGCAUGGAUUCCUCUCCAUCAAAUAGCGGCAGCAGCUCAGUCCACAGUGGGAGCCGUAAACAAAGUAUCAUCAACAUUCCCGACAGGACCGGGGUAGAGUCCUGUUAUGAUCGUAAAGCAGACAAGGCUGGAUACGGAGCUUCGCAGGGCAGCGUGACUGUAACGUCGCUGAAAUCCCGUCUCGCCCCGACCAUUCAAACUGCCAUGUCCGCAGCAGUUGAUACUCUUCUGGGCGAAGUGGUGCUUGUGCUCAAUGAGACUCAGCAAGAGUUGCUACACAAGGAGCAAGAGAAUGAAAGGCUCAAAGUGCGUCUCGAAGUGUCAGAGAGGGAGCUGAAGACUUUACAGGAAUGCCUGUGUAGUGCUCAGAAGCUCAUAGACCAGCUUCAGAUCUCAUACUCAGGCCCUCAGACAAUCAGUCAGUCAGUGUUCGCCCCAUCGCUGUCUUCCAUGGCUUCGAUGGCUUCAGGCUUGGACAGGGACCACCAGAAUUCCCGAAAUGUGAACGGAGCCGGUGUUGACUUGGGUCUCGGUGGCUCUGUGGACGACUCGCUUCAUGGGUUUGAGCCAAGAGAUGACUACAAAAUGUGCCAGCUUUCAAUCCAACCCGAUGGCUCUGUGACCAACCACGCUCUGGACUUUGCAUCCAACACAUCUCACAUGUGCUCUGAAUCCAGCAGGCAAGAUGAGAGGCAGUCUCAGGGACCAGGUGGAGCAUCCAGGUUUGAGAUUAAAGAGGAGCAGGGACCAGGUUCAGGCUCUGGGCAGCCCAGCAGGAAGGAGCCUGGGUUGCGCAAUGACAACAGAGUUGGGGAUGGAGAGCGAUCGUCCCACAAUGUUGGUGACCUUGGCUACGUUCAAGUUGGAGGGGAGGGAGGUUCCCAGCGUGCCUUUACUCACCCUCUGCGUCACCAAAGACCUGUGCGCGAAUGCGGUGGUGCCCUGCAGCAGGGCGGACUGGAUGGACAGAAACAGUUGGCUAGGACUUCUGGAGCCGGGAGAGGAGACAGUGUUUCCCCGGGCAGAGCAGAGGACUCAGCAGGACCUUCAGCCCCUGACACAGCAGGGGACCCCUCUGGAGAUCGGCCUCACCACUGCUUGGAGUGUGGAAAGACUUUCCGCCUCAUCUCCAGCCUGAAGAAGCACAUCCGCAUCCACACUGGAGAGAAGCCCUACCCGUGUGGAGUCUGCGGCCGUCGCUUCCGCGAGUCAGGGGCGCUUAAAACCCACCUGCGCAUACACACAGGUGAGAAGCCAUACUCGUGUUCUGAGUGUGGAAACUGCUUCCGCCACCUGGACGGUUUGCGCAAACACAGGCGCACACACACCGGAGAGAAACCCUAUGUGUGUGCCAUCUGUGGGAAGCGCCUGAGCCGCCUGCAGCACCUCAAACACCACCAGCUCAUCCACACCGGCGAGAGGCCGUGCUGCUGCCCCUUCUGCAAUCGCAGCUUUAAGGAGCCUGCAGCACUGCGGAAACACAUCCGCACACACCGGGAGGAAGGCGGUCACAUGGGAAUUGGUGCCAGUGAUGACACGGACCCAGACGCCAUUGAUGACAUUAACAACCUUCAUCCAGCAGCUCCGUCCCCUCAGAUGAGGUUUGAGGAGUGGGGAGCUGAGGAGGAUGAAAGCUCGGUAGUGGACUGUGUGUAGGGGAUUGUUAAAGGAAUAACUGUCUGUUGGCUCACCGUGAAACCUACUCCAGGUGAAAAACAUGGAAUAAGGUUUUUGUGUAGUUUGAUGACGCAUAAAGUCAUCUCUGUUCCAUACCGUUAGAGUGAAUAAUGAGGCUAAGUAUAACCCUAGCCUGGGAGUUUCCGUUAUAUCUGACAUUUUCAUUUAGAUGAACACAUAUUUUUAAAGAAUCCACUGCACAUUCUUCAACAGCAAGUAUUUGCAUCCAGCAGCAGUAGCGUACGGAUUGUUCUUGGUACAUGGAGUUGCUGGUUUGCCAGCUGUCCAGCAAUAAUUUGGGAAAUUAAUGGCGGAAGUGGACACAAACUGAUUCUCCACUUCAAAGUGAGUGUUCAAGGCACUUAUAUUGCGCCUUGAACACUCAGUCAGUCAUCAACUGAGUCACUGCUGCUGCUGCGGUUCAAUUGUUAUGAUUCUGAUUAUUGAGGUUCUUGGGCAGGUCAAAUCAGAUUCAUUUCUCAAGUCAUAUCUUUAGCACACUGUUCGUGAUUUGCAAGUGAUCCGAUCAGAUUGAAUUUGCUGUUGAAUUAGCUUCAGUUACUAUUUAGGCUGAGCUGCUCAAAUAGAUAUAAAUGGAUCCAUAGGGCUGGUUCAUGCUUCAUGUGUGGACAGACAUACAGGAGUAAAGGCACAUUAUGUAGCUGGGCAUUACAGACUAAACCAAAUAUCACAAUAUUUUUUGGCUCAGUUUUUUUGUCUGUGUAAAGUGAUAAUAUUUAAGUAGGGGUGUUGCUUUCACACAACAUGUAUUAACUCAAAUCUAUGGUUAUUAGAGUUGUCGUGCCCAAGAACAUAUCACAUCUUCAUUUCACUUAGCUGGAACAGCCUGUUAAACUGUGUCAAAAUUAGGAUCUUCACUUCACUGUAUCUGUAACGGAAGCCAGGUAGGCUGUGCAGUGAGUUAUCCUUACUCCCCGACACCUUAAGAGAUGUGGUAGCGACAGACGCUAGCACCCAUGGGUUUUAGCCUCCUUGUUAGUGCAUCUGCCUCCCAUUCCCGAGGUCGCGAGUUCGGAUUGUGCUGUACACCAAACCUCGUGGCUGGUUACACAUCCUUUAAGUGCAGAGGAAACAACGUAAAUAAUUUCUGUCUCCUGUCAUGUGUUUAUACUGAUCUAUCUCCCAGCGCCACUGCAGCAUUAGAGAGGUUUUGCAGCACUUAUGUAGUAUGAUUCAAGUUUGUGUUGGUGCACAAUAGGACAGUCAUAAACUAAAGAAGUUAUCUGUUUACCUGUAGUCACCUAGUUUCUUCUGCUAAUCAAUUAAGUUGAGAAAAAAAAUAUUUUUUCCAAUAUUUGUCCUGCUUCUAGUGGAUGCAGUCACAGUAGAAAAUCUAGUGUUUAUGAAGGACCAAAGCCCAUUUGUGAAUAUUAGUUUAAUACCACAGAUGUCACCACUGUUUUCAAGGAAUAAUUACCUACAAAAAAUACCAUAAAAAGCACUAAUUGACUGGUCAGUUGAGUCAUUUAAUUUAAGAGGGCAGCAUGACCUUGCAGUCUACCCUAAUGAGGACAUUUUGACUGCAUUUACACGGUCAUGUGUGUCCUCAUGAAGCAUGGACCAGUCAUUCUGCAGGGCCCUCAUCAGUUACACAAUCGUAAUGUUUUCAGUCAAGCGGACGCUAUGUUAAGAACAUCUAAUGCAUCUAGCUGUACAUGCAUUUACUUGUUCACAAAGCUAUCUGAAGAGGACAUGGGCACAGUUAGUCAACAGCUCAAACACUGUUACUGUUUCUGGAGUCUGAUUAUCAUCUGUCUCUAAUGGACCAUAUCUUUAGCAUUCUGGGUUUUUUUUUCUUUUCUUUUUUUUAAGCUGCUACUAUAUGUCUUGAAAGCCUCCCCCUUUCUGGACUUGUAUUAUUGUUACCAGCCAAUAACUAGCGAACAGACUUUGGUGCUUGCAUGUGCAUAUCUGUUCCUCUGCUGGCCACAAUGCCUCCCUGCUUUUUCUGUAAAUAAGAAUGUAGUUUUAGCCAUUUUAUCUGGAUUAUUGAGGGUUAGCAUUUGUGGAAAAGUGAAUGUGCAACAAUUACUACUUCUUUUUUUCUUAAACGUAAUGUGCUUUGAAAACAUCAGUAUGCUAACAUGCAAUGUAAUUAUAUAUAAUCUUAUAAAAUUUCCUUCCUGAUGUUCUGCAUCACGGUUUGACAGCAGAGCAUUAAUCUUUUCAGCCUUUUGAGCUAUACUGUAGGUCUCUGGUGUCAUUUCCCAUGUAUACUACUAUAAUGAUCUCCAUGUAACUAUUCUAUGUACAUAUACAAGUGUAAGUCAUUUUGAACGGCACUCAAAAUGUUAAAUAUCUGUUACUGUACACCCAGAAAACGGCUUGCCAAGGUAGUCUUUACCCCAGAUAAUCAUAUUUAUUGUUUUUUGUAUUACAUACAGAGGGGGCCUUUGCAUGUAGGUUUUAACUGAAAUGGCAUUCUUCCUUAUGAAGUCAGUGUUAAAUGUGAAAUAAAUUACUUUUUUAUGCUUCUGUGUUUUAAGUAUAUUCCCCCUACAUCUCCUUCAUCAUGUUACCUACUGUAAAUGUUACUAUAUUAAAGGGCCUUGUUUAUA